AUGGAGGAUUGCUGCAGGGGCUCUUUGCUCUCCCAUCUCCCCUUCCUGCUUCUCCUCUUCCAGCUGCCCGCUGGGGGUUCUGCAGAGGAGUUCGUGGUGAUUGGCUCCUCGGACCCCAUUGUGGCAGUGCUGGGUGGGAACAUCACGCUGCCGUGUAGCGUGUCCCCGGCCAUGAAUGUGGAGAACAUGGAGCUGCGGUGGUUCCACUCAAAUUUCACAGAAGCUGUGUUCAUCUAUCAAAACCAGCAGGAGCAGAGAGAGGAACAGUUGGCCCAGUACACAGGGCGGACCUCACUGGUGAAGGAAUUCCUCACCUGGGGGGAGGCCAUCCUGCACAUCCACAAUGUCCAGGCUUUUGACGAUGGCCUAUAUACCUGCUUCUUCAGAAAGGGAAGCUUCUAUGAAUCUGCCAAUUUGGAACUGAAGGUGGUAAGUGUGGGCUCUGCCCCUCAAGUGCACAUCACAGGGCCAGAGGAGGACGGGGUCCGAGUGGUGUGUAAGGCAUCGGGGUGGUUCCCAAAGCCCCAGGUGCAGUGGAGAGCCCUCAGUGAAGAGAAGUUCCUGAUGUUCUCUGAGACCCAUGUCCAAAAUGCUGAAGGGCUGUUCAGUGUGGAGGCUGCUCUGGUGGUGAAACACAGGUCUUCAAGGAAUGUGACCUGCUCCCUCCUCAACCCAAUCCUGAGCCAGGAGAAGGCGAUGGCCAUUUUCAUCCCAGAGGACUUCUUUCCCCGGACUUCUCCCUGGAUGUCAGCUUUCGUGGCGAUCCUGACCUUGCUGAUGCUCUUACUCCUUGGGACUGCCUACUACACCAAGAGAGAACAUACUGCAAAGUGCCAGGAGAUGCAGGAAUGGGAGAAACUCCACAGGGAAAAGGAGGAGGACCAGUGGGCAAAGGAGGAGGCACUGAAGGCCAGAGAUGAACUCCAAGCGGAUCUUGACUGGAGGAAAUCUGUUUACCUGGCUGGUCUAACCAGGGUGUGUUCCCUUUCAGCCUGGAGGAAGGCACAGCUGUAUGCAGAUUGGCGGAAGGAGAAGUUCCAGCCCUUGUCUGUCACUCUGGAUCUGAGUUCUGCACAUCCCAGCCUUGCUGUCUCUGAUGAAAAGACUACUGUGACCUUGAAGUAUACAACUGAGGACCCAAGAUUACUCUUUAGCAUCUUAGGUCGGGAGAGCAUCACAUCAGGGCGCUGUUACUGGGUGGUGGAGAUCAGGAAUGGAGACAGAAGUGAGUGGUCUCUAGGGAUCUGUAGGGUAGAUGUGGAGAGGAAAUCCUUGUACAUAGAGAGCCCAGAAAGGGGGUUCUGGGCUGUGGGACGAUAUUUGGAAAAUUAUUAUGCCUGUUCCAUCUUUCGGACUCUACUAUCCUGUAGGCAAGUUCAACAGUUGGGGGUUUUCCUGGACCUCAAGGAAGGGGAUGUCUCCUUCUACAACAUGACUGAUGGCUCCCACAUGUUCUCUUUCCCUCUAGCUUCCUCCUCUGGGGCUCUGCUUCCAUAUUUCAUGUUGAGGUCAGGAGAUGUGUCCUUGACCAUCUGCUCUGUGGUGGGUGGCCCUGCAGAGACCCCAGUGCCCCUUAACAAUCUUCCUUCUUCUUUGGAGGAGCCUGUGAGCCUCUCAGGGGUGGGGUUCAACUCAGUCUCUGGUGUUGAUGGUGCUCUCCCUGGGGCUGAAUAUCCAUUACUCCCCUGCAGCCCUGAGGCUAUGUCCCCAUAG